GACCCAAGUCUGCGCAUGAGUUCGGCGCAUGCGCACCAAGGCUCCCCGCGGCCGCUCCCUGCUCCUGGCGCCCAGACUCCUCGCUUCUCAGCGGCCCCGCCCAGGCGGCUGCCCGGGACCUGCCUGGGUGCAGGGAACGGAAAGCCGGGAGGGGUGAGACGAGUUCAGUUCGUCAUGGGGCUGUUUGGAAAAACCCCAGAGAAGCCGCCCAAAGAGCUGGUCAAUGAAUGGUCAUUGAAGAUAAGAAAGGAAAUGAGAGUUGUUGACAGGCAAAUAAGAGAUAUCCAAAGAGAAGAAGAAAAAGUGAAACGAUCUGUGAAAGAUGCUGCCAAGAAGGGUCAGAAGGAUGUCUGUGUGGUUCUGGCCAAGGAGAUGAUCAGGUCAAGGAAGGCUGUGAGCAAGCUCUAUGCAUCCAAAGCACACAUGAACUCCGUGCUCAUGGGAAUGAAGAACCAGCUGGCGGUUUUGCGAGUGGCUGGUUCCCUGCAGAAGAGCACAGAAGUGAUGAAGGCCAUGCAGAGUCUUGUGAAGAUCCCAGAAAUCCAGGCCACCAUGCGGGAGCUGUCCAAAGAGAUGAUGAAGGCUGGGAUCAUAGAAGAGAUGUUAGAGGACACUUUUGAAAGCAUGGAUGAUCAAGAAGAAAUGGAAGAAGCAGCAGAAAUGGAAAUUGACAAAAUUCUGUUUGAAAUCACCGCAGGGGCCUUGGGCAAAGCACCUAGUAAGGUGACCGACGCCCUCCCAGAGCCUGAACUUCCAGGAGCGAUGGCUGCAUCAGAAGAUGAGGAGGAGGAAGAGGCCCUGGAGGCCAUGCAGUCCCGUCUGGCCACACUCCGCAGCUAGGGCUGCCCAGCCAGGCCCACAGGCUCUCCUCCGGCCCUGUCAGCGGGCACGCACUCCUUGAAGCCUCCACCAUUUUCUGUAUCUCUUGCACUACACCUCUGGGUGAGGCGCUGCGCUCUGGAGAACGUGCUCUGCUAAUCUCUCUUCACUCUCUGCAGAGGUUUGGGGAUCUCAGUGGAAUUGUUCUGAGAGGCGGUGUAAUAAAUGCAUCAUUUUCAGGAGAAUAAACAGAAGUAUCUUUUGGGGGAUGAGGGCAAAAGAAGUCUGUCUUCUCACGAAGCACUUCUGAGAAUAGAGUCAAUUGCUUGAAUGUUGAGGACUCUGUAUAUUUUUUUUUGUCUGUAAAACACUAUAUAAAUGGAUUUUAAUAAAUUUCUGCUUUAACACUUGGUCUCAUUGUAGAUUGUUGGGUGCAAUGAACUUUCAAGGUGUUUGCUGUCCCAAAUUAUUUUAUAUGUUGGCCUUGGAAAGAGGAGGUGCCCUAGCAGGGCACAUGGGAUUCGGAAGCUCAGCUGAAAGGGCUUCUGCUCUGUGGACCCUGCUCCCCAGCCUUCACAGAUGUGCUGUGUGAGCUCUUCUUCUGCUUUUUGUCAUCUGUGUAAGCAAAGGGAUGCUUGAGAAUUGUGACUCCUUGGCUGGGAACCUAUAUUAUGUGUGUCCUGAGGGGGGGGGUGUGUCUAUAGCUUUCCUCCCUUUCCUUUCCAUGGCAAGUUGCAGACAGCUGUGAGAUUAGGACUCUUUCACCCUCUGAUUGCCUUUCCCUGCGUUAAGCUGAUUGUCUUGGAUGCAUGGGAUAUGGGCAUACAUAUCAGUGCUUUCUCAAAGCCAGGAGCUGACCGGUGAAAGAGGCAUGGUGUGGUCAUGCAUUGUAAACAACUCACACAUUUCUAAGUUAUAUUUUGAAAUAAUUCAGCAGUAGCAAUUUAUAUUUGUGUGGGCUUGGCAGUUUACAAAGCUGUUUAACAUGUGUAAUCAUUCAGUCUUCAGAAAUUACGAAAACAGCUCAGCUUGCUGAAGUGACGUAUCCUAAAUCACAGUCACGAAGUGGCAGAACUGGGGUUCAACGCGGGUCCCUCUGGUCCAAGUCUUGUGUGCCCUAAACAGGUAGGAAAAAAAACCCAACCACUCUCUCCCAGGUUGGUUUUGUAGAUUGUAUGGAGAAAUCCAAGUGUAUCAGAUGUGCUGCAGCGAGGGCCUUCUAGUCUCAUCCUGCAAAAUGGGAAUCUUCAAUCCAGGGGACCGUCCUAUUGCUCUUGAUUUCAUCUUUAGGAUACAGUUUGUUGUUUAAGUAAACAUUAUUUUUCAGAGAAGUUUUAGGUUCAGAGCACAAUUGAGCAGAAAAUAGGGUUCCCAUGUAUACCUGUGGCCCUGACACAGGCACCAUCUCCCACUUGUAUGUACUGACAUCUCACACCCCACAAGUACAUUUACUCCUGGAAUCAUACAGUACAUAGUCCUUUCACAUUGGCUUCUUACACUUAGUAAUAUGCAUGUAAGUUUCCUCCAUGUCUUUUCAUGGCUAGACAGGCCAUUUCUUUUUAGUGCUAAAUAAUAUUCCAUUGUCCGCACGCACCUAUGGAAGGACAUCUUGGUUGCUUCAAAGUUUUGGCAAUUAUGAAUAAACCCAUAAAUGUCUGUGUGCAGGUCUUUGUGUAGACGUGCAUUUCAACUACUUAGGUGACUACCAACGAGCACAGUUGCUGGAUCUUAUGGUAAGAGUAUGUCUAGUUUCGUAAAAAAUUGACAGUCUUCCAAAGUGGCUGUGUCGUUUUGCGUUCCCGCCAGCAACGAUGAGAGUUCCUGUUGCUCCACAUCCUCACCAGCAUUUGGUGUUGUCAGUGUUUUGGAUUUUGACUAUCCUAAUAAGUGUGUAACGGUAUCUCAUUUAAAUUUGCAUUUCCCUGAUGAUAUAUGAUGUUGAACAUAUCUCUUUAUGUGCUUUUUGGCCAUAUGUAUAUAUUCUUUGGUGAGGUAUUUGUUUAGAACUUUUGCCCAUUUUUAAUUGGGUUGUUUCUUAUUGCUGAGUUUUAAGACUUCUGUGUAUACUGUGGAUAAUAGUGCUUUAUCAGAAAUACAUUUUGCAAACAUUUUCUCCCAGUCUGUGGCUUGUUUCCUUAUUCUCUUCACAUUGUUUUUCACAGAGCAGUUUUUAAUAUUAAUGAAGUCCAUCUUACCAAUUAUUUAUUUCAUGAUAGUGCCUUUGAUAUUGGAUCUUAAAAGUCAUUGCCAUACCCAAGGUCACCUAGAGUUUCUGUGUUAUUUUGUUAGUAGUCUUAUAGUUUUGCAUUUUACAUUUAGGUCUGUGACCUGUAUUAAUUCUUGUAAAGCAUGUGACAUCUGUGUCUAGAUGUCUUUCUUUGCAUGUGGAUGUCCAGUUAUUCCAGCACCAUUUGUUGAAAAGACUUGUCUUUGCUGCAGUGUACUGCCCUUGUUGCUUCAUCAAGGAUCAGUCGACUAUAUUUAUGUGGGCCUAUUUUGGGCCUCUCUAUUCUGUUCCAUUGAUGUAUUUGCUUUU